CGUCAGUGCGCUACGUAACCCAUAGUUGCGCAAGUCCUUGUGGGUAACAGCUGAAGUGCCCUGCACGUUGACAUUGGGAGUGUAGGCUGACAACGUUAUUCAACCUCAGUCCUGUGCACAGCGGCACUAUCUGAACAGACUGUGGGCAGGAUGGGAGCCUCAGUGUCCACACCUGCAACUCCAACUGUGAAGGCCGAGGCCGUAAUGGUUGCCCCACCUCAGGGCUGUCCCAUGCACCAGGAAGCCCAGCCUGUUAAAGUGUCGCCACCAUCAGAGUGUCCCAUGCACCAAGCCCAGCCUGUCAGUGCGUCUCCUCCGUCGGAGUGCCCCAUGCACCAAGCAGCAGCAGGUCCAGUUCACCAGGACCGGGCCUAUGAGUUUGUGGAGUGUCCCAUGAGAGCUGCAACGGGCAUGAAGAGUGACAUCGACCCUGCAAACAUGAUGCCUCCUCCAAACCAGACUCCAGCUCCAGACCAGCCUUUCUCCCUGCCACUAAACAGAGAGGAGUCCAAAAUUCCCCGACACGGCACUGAUAAAAACUGGGUUUAUCCCUCUGAACAGAUGUUCUGGAAUGCCAUGCUACGGAAGGGGUGGCGCUGGCGUGAUGAUGCUCUUGAGCCUCAAGAUAUGACCAACAUUAUUAAGAUACACAAUCAGAACAACGAGCAGGCCUGGCAGGAGAUCCUGAAAUGGGAGGCGCUCCAUGCACAUGAAUGCCCGUGUGGUCCAUCUUUGAAAAGGUUUGGUGGUAAAGCCAAAGAAUACUCUCCCAGAGCACGCCUUCGCCACUGGAUGGGCUACGAGCUGCCUUUUGACCGCCACGACUGGAUCGUCGACCGCUGUGGGAAGGAGGUGCGCUAUGUCAUCGACUACUACGACGGUGAAAUCAACAAAGAGACCUACGAGUUCUCCAUCCUGGACGUGCGUCCGGCCUUUGACUCUAUAGAGGCUGUCUGGGAUCGCAUGAAGGUGGCCUGGUGGCGCUGGACCUCCUAAAGGACUCUGACACACACAGACAUCACACAGAUACAUGGUCUCUGUGUGAAGUUCGAACACAUUUGCGGAGUUUGAAAAUGAAAGGAGUUCUUCAUUUUAGUUUUGCGGAAUGUGUUGUGCCGUGAAAAGAAACUAUAAACAAGACCCACGAAGAAAAUCCAGAUGAACUAAUCUAUCGGUAGUUUCAGCAGAGCUUCAGUCAGCUGGGCUGUAUUGAGCUUCAUCUAGUAAUCAUCAGUGGGAGAUGUAAUUUCAGGUUUGCAGUGCAGUUAGCAAGUCUGUGUGUCUAAGUAGCACAGAGUUACUCAGCAUGUCCGUCUCAAACUGCCAUUUGGAAUCAGUCUAACUGCCCUCUGGGGUAGAUGGGUCAGUCUUGUUAAGCUGUGUAAAGCUGCCUUCAUUUCACAUGAGGAUAACCGUCAGAAUGGCUUGCUGGCCAGAAGCAACUUGAAAAUUCACACAUUCACACUGGUUGAAAUCCCUCAGGUUUUCAGUAGACUAAAUACCUCCUGGCCAGUUGUUGUUUUCACAGUUUAAAAAUACAGCCCAAGCCCAAAUUUCUGUGAAGCCUGACCUCUUAUGGUGAAAAGCAGGGCUCAUGGUCCUCUACAUGUGAUGACAUCACCUGCCACCAAAGACUUCUCACCAUCAGAGGUCAGGCGUCACACAGAUGUGGAUUUCUGUUUUAUGUUUGUUUCUUUUUUUAAUGAGUCUAUCAUUCCCUCCUCUUGACCACUGGUGUUUCAUUUUGGGUCAUAAUUCAGGAAUCCAACAGGCAGUUUGUAGAUAUAGUUGUUUCCUUGUGGUAUAAAUGCAAUAAAACAUGUUGGAAAACAGAUGUUACUUUGCAUACACUGAACACAUGACAUUGCAUUAUAUUUAACUGGUUGUUGAACCAGUACACCAACAGGGUCACUCUAAACACUUGCAGCCUGCUUGUACCCAUUUUGUCCAAUUUUAUGCACUUUUGCUUUUCUGGGAGAGUGUCAUAGUGGGAGGUAGCUGCAGGAAAACUGGUUUUAAUGAUUCUCGUGGCAGUUUGAGCACUAGGCUGUCCACCUCUGUGCUGUGACCUGGUCUGGCUAACUGGCUCUCUUCAAAAGGGGUUUUGCCAUUCAUGAAUCUCUCAGCCUUUGUACUGUGUAUGUUAUGACUGUAAAGAACGUAAUUAGAUUCUAGUCAAACCCACUUUACCAUCUUCUGGCAGUGGUAUGGUUUGUAAAUUGUUGGCGAGAAGAGUUCUGUAUUAACGUUCCAUCAUUAUUCUCACUCUUAAAGUGGGUUUGACAAAAAACUGUGUUGAAUGUGUGAGGGUUAGGGCUGCUUUAGUCUAGGUUUUGAGGGAGAAGUGCAAGAUAUAGUUUUAUUUUUUUAAGAUUAGAGUGGAUUUCAGCCUUGUGAUUUUGAGAUAUUUGAACUCUUCCAUCUUCCCCUCCUCCCUGUAUUGGUUCGUGUGCCCUGUGUUGUCUUCUGAUGAACAUUAGGUGCAGAGGUCAGUGGUUUGGAUUGAGGUUAGGUAAGCUCAUAUCAGUCUGUGAAACUGCCUCUUCACUGUACAUGACUGCACAUAUGACAGUUAGAAUAGGCCCCUCAUAACUGCUGAAUACAUCAUGCUCACUUCACUCACCAGUCGCCAAGACAUCAUUAGCUAGUAUUUGACUAAACCUUUUAAAUUAAAAACAUGCAAAAUCCAAACACAUUUUUAUUCAACGGUUAUUCACUGUGUAACAUAACAUUACACAUGAACCUGAAUUGUCAAACUCAGACAAUAUUAAUAUUUUCAUUUUGCUCACUUACUCAUUUUUCACUUUGUUUUGUGAUCCACAGACUGAUUCUCCAGAGACAGGGUCUGUAUCAGAAUACAAUGAUUCUUCCUUGAAGCUAUAUGAAAUUUUACAUUGGUAUCAAAACUCUUUGCUUCACUUGUAGUGCAUUAUUUUGUCAGAAAUACAUGCUAAUUUUUAUUUAUUUUUUGGUGACUCCAGACUUCUGUGUGUACAAUACCUUGAUGCUCCAGUCCCCAGAAAGUUUUUGUGUUUUAGAAACAGUGAAAUGAACAAUAAAGCUGCUCCUUCUGCCUCUGGAA